GCACAACAAGAGCAGCGUGUGUGUCUCAUGAGCCGCGGGUUGGUGUGGUUUGACUGGUUUCCUCCUGCAGGACUUGUUGAUUUCGGUGCGCUCUCAGCCAGCAGCAGAAUGGAUGAAUACCGUUUUUGAAUCACAACUCCACCGUGAAGUGAGAUUCGUGUUGCUUUUUUUUUUUCCUGUUACCUGCACUUUCCCCCUUCUCAAGUUGAAUCUCAGUCGAAAAAGCGCUCUGGUUGGAUGGUGCAGAAUGUGGACAGCCAAACAAGACGUGCGUAAAGCGCCUGAAGUGGACGCGAGGAAGAGCGUGGAGGUGUGGGGCUGCUGAGAAUGUGGCGGGGACACCGCGGGGCGAGCGGGCUGCAACUUUCCUGAGCUUGGAGAGGUUUUUUGGGGGGGGGGCGCAACAAGAGCGGAACGUGUCCAUGCUGUGCGUAAAGGUUCCGCACCAUCCAGCGCAUGAAGUCACAUCAUAUGAAUAAUCAUUAGAAGAGGACAAAUCCACACUUAUGACACAGUUUCAGAAAGAAAAUCCACUGGAUCCCAUUUAAUCCAUCAAUCUUCGCUCACAUUAUCUGACUUCCCCCCCCGCUCCGACCCUUUUCCCUUCUUCUCCUUUUUUUAUUUUUUAUUUUUAUUUUUUGCAAUUCUGAUUCCCGAAGUGGCUCCGAAGUGGUGCUGCGGCUCCUCGUCCCCGGCGGAUCCGGAGAUCGGAGUCUCUGCACCGGGAGGAGGCGGAGUCGGAGCUCCGGCCACAGCGCACGCUCCCAAGAGCGGCCGCGUCAAGAGGAUGGUGCGUCUGGCGGCGGAACUGCUGCUGCUCCUGGGACUCCUUCUCCUCACCUUGCACAUCACGGUGCUGCGGAGCAGUCCGCUGCCGCAGGGAAAUGUCACCCUGAGCCUGGAUCAGGACACAGCACUUACAGAGAACAACAUCAACGUAAAAAGCAGCUCCUCGGCCCAUCUGGCUCCUGAAGACCGGAGGUCCGGUCCAGAACACCGGUUGGCGCUGCCCUGGGCACAAGGCAGCAACGUACACAGGGACGGCGCUGGCACUUUCAUCCUAGAUCUGCAUAAUUUCCCCGACCUCUCCAAAGCCGACAUCAAUGGACAGAAUCCCAACAUACAGGUGACCAUUGAAGUGGUGGAUGGACUGGAGGGCCAUGAGCCAGAGAAAGGCCUCCGCAAGGAAAGCAAACCCAACUGGGCUUCUCCUAACUGGAGAAACUGGUGGCCUCGUACUUCGUCUUCCACUACCACCACACAUCAGGCCGAGGAGCACGAGCGCUCCUACGGGAGCAACAGCGAGGACAGUAACUUCCUCAGGCCGCCGGCAGACUGGGACAGGAGAGGAGGCACCGGGGGAGGAAGCAAAGCUCAAGCUGAAUAUGACUAUAUGGAAGGAGAGGGUGACUGGAGUAACUGGUCGGCGUGCAGUGUGACCUGCGGAAACGGCAACCAGAAGAGGACCAGGUCCUGCGGUUACGCCUGCACGGCCACCGAAUCCAGGACUUGCGACAUGCCCAACUGUCCAGGUAUCGAGGAUGCCUUCAGGACAGCAGCGACUGAAGUCAGCCUGUUAGCCGGAACAGAUGAGUUCAAUGCCACAGAACUCUUUGGUGUCGACACCGACAGCUGUGAGCGAUGGAUGAACUGCAAGAGCGAAUUCCUGAAGAAGUACAUGACCAAGGUGGCAAACGACCUUCCCAGCUGCCCUUGCUCUUACCCAACUGAGGUGGCUUACAGCGUAGCGGAAGUACACGAUGCCCCCACCCGCAAAGAUUUCCGUUGGAAAGACGCCAGCGGGCCGAAAGAGAAGCUGGAGAUCUACAAACCCACUGCGCGUUACUGCAUCCGCUCCAUGCUGACGCUGGAGUCCACCACGCUGGCGGCGCAGCACUGCUGCUACGACGACAACAUGAAGCUCAUCACCCGCGGGAAAGGGGCCGGCGCGCCCAACCUCAUCAGCACAGAGUUCUCAGCUGACCUGCACUAUAAGGUGGACAUCCUGCCCUGGAUCAUUUGCAAAGGGGACUGGAGCCGCUACAACCAGGCCAGGCCGCCAAACAACGGGCAGAAAUGUCCCGACAACCCUCAGGAUGAGGACUACUCCAAACAGUUUGAAGAAGCAAGGGAAUUCUAACCCAAUGAAGAGUGAAAGAAAAAAAAAACAAACACUGCUCAAAUGUUCAGCUAAAAUGGGGCUGAAGCCUUUUCUUUAUUUUGUCUUAGGUCAAAUAACAAAUGAACUUUUAGGCUCUGAGGAACAUGGCGUCACUGCCCUGAUGAACCGAGAGGAAUAAAAACACAACAGAGUCAGAAACCUUUACUUUGUCACAAGGAACUUUUCUUGACUUAACCAAAACAGGCACAAAAUGUUGCUUUGUUUUUAACCUUUUUUUUAAGAUAGUAUGUCUCUGAAAUUUUGCAAGUAAUUGUGUUGCCAAUUAUAACUCAGAUUUGGUCAAUAAAAGGGAGAAGCGAUUUUUGUAUUCUUAAAAAAGGGAAGCGUAUUAUUCUAGGAAUGUCCGUUUAGAUUGUGUCCGUGUUUCGAUGAAUCUGAGAGGCUUGUGAUUAUAGAAAAUUAGAGUGUGUCAGG